CCGUCUUCUUCUUCAUCCAUGCCGCUAAAAGAUCAGUCAAACUCGGCCGCCAUGAAACCCGCAGUGGAUGAGAUGUUUCCCGAGGGCGCUGGACCGUACGUGGACCUGGAUGAGGCUGGGGGAAGCACAGGACUGCUGAUGGACCUGGCCGCCAAUGAAAAGGCAGUUCACGCAGACUUCUUCAAUGACUUUGAAGAUUUGUUUGAUGAUGAUGACAUCCAGUGAAAGGCUUAACAUGUCUUCAGAGGAAUGACGGAUGAUACUCACACAACUCCACACCACUUUUUUUAUUUUAUUUUUUUGUGGAAAGCAAACCUGCCAUUUACUGUCUAAUGACAUACAAUUUCCUUUCAUAGUUGUCUUAGUUUCAGGCUUUGUAAAACAUCUUUAAAAAGUUGUCCUCGGCUCCAGAUGUUGUGAAAUUCUUAAGAUCCCAAGGAUUCCUUCAAAUAUGGUAUGUUAAAAUUAUUAGCUUGUAUCGUGCUCAUGCCUCUGAUUGCUCCUAAGGCGGAUUGCAGGUUUCAGUGUGCUGGGGAACACCUGUUAGUAACGUAAUUAUACAUAUGAUGGGCAGAGGCUCCAUAUGUUGUCGCCUUAAACAUGCUGCAGAUGGUAUAUGAUAAAUGAUGGUCUGCUAAAAUGGGUUAAAUUAUUUGUAUGAUAGUGUGUGAUAGUCACAUACGCUGUGUUUUUUUUCAAACAGUGUCUCCUGCUACGUCAAAAAUUUGUACAUAUGUGUACAGUAGUUAUGCCACCACACUAUUUUUUAUUAUGGAAGUCUCCAUGUGACUCUGGUUGAAACUCAAUAAAUAGCACUUUGAAUAUAAGAA